AUGGAUCCAAAGUUCCACAUGCCUCCGCCUCCCACCACGAUAUUCAAAAUCUCCUACCCCGCGCCCUUCGUCCUUCUGAUCACGAUACAACGUGAAAAACAGAUGAACUCGAUCCCCUUAAGAGGUCACUGGGAAGGCGAACUCCUCCUCCAGUGGUUCGACUCUGAACCCGAGCUGCGCGUCGCUGUCAUCACGGGUGCUGGGAAUAAGGCCUUCUGCUCCGGCCAGGAUUUGAUCGAGCAGGAGGAAUUCACGCAUAACCCGCCACACCCAAAGGAGAGAAAAUUCGCGCCAUCGGGAUUCUGUGGGCUCAGUAGGCGAGGAGGCAAGAAACCCGUCAUUGCAGCUGUCAACGGGUAUGCGCUGGGCGGUGGAUUCGAGAUUUGUCUCAAUUGUGACCUUGUCGUCGCGUCUCCAACAGCUUCCUUUGGACUUCCAGAAUCGUCAAUAGGAGUGUAUGCCGCCGCGGGAGGACUUCCACGGAUAGUGCGCAUCUGUGGCAUGCAGAUCGCUGCAGAGAUAGCCCUCGCCGGGAAGAGACUGACCGCACACGAGGCCAAGGCUCUUCAGCUGGUCAACAUCGUGACCGAAACCCCAGAGAAACUCCUACACGAAGCUCUGGCGCUGGCGUCAAGAGUCGCCAACAUGUCCCCGGACGCAACGAUUGUGACUCGCGCAGGUCUGAGAGAAGCGUGGGAAACGGCAAGUGUGGAGAGGGCCUGUCAGUUGACCGCAGACCGGUAUGAAGAGCCGCUACUCGCCACACCAAAUCGGGACAUUGGACUGCGGGCAUUCAAGAAGAAACAGAAGCCGAACUGGGUCCCUCCCAAGCUUUGA